UGAUUGUUUACAAAUAAAAACCUCGAAAGCGAAGACGCCGAAAAAUCCCGCAAAAUCGAGAAUAAUAGAAUUAGGAAGAGUUGUAGGAUUUGAGAAGAAGGAGAGAGACAGAGGCAGUAAAGAUAGACAGUGAUACAGCCCAAAAGCCUGUACUAGAAGGAAAAAGCAGAAGAGACAUCGAAAGCGAAAACGCCGAUUUUUUUAACGCAAAUUCCAUCAUCUCUUUCCACAAAAAAUACAAAUUACAGAACUAAAAAGCAAACAGUUUGUGGCAUAACAAGAGUGAAAACAUUAAGAAGAAAUCCCAGGGAAUACAGACGGGAGCGCAGCCUAAAUUCUUAACCAAGAAGAAAGAAAGCAAAGGAGGAAAUCCACCAUGGAUCUCCUGGAUUCUAUCAUGAGCAAGAUGGACAAACCUCCAAGUAUUAAUGAUAAACAGAAGAAGAUGAUGAAAGAGCAACAGAAAGCAGCAGAAGAGGCAAAGAACAAAGAGAGAGAGAGACUGAAUCAGUUCAGGAAACACAUUGAAGAACGAAUAAACAGAUUUAUCCAAAAUGUCACACUAAUGAAAAAGAAGUUUGAGCCCAUGGACAGGGUAGCCAGGAGUAUUGUCCGAGAUGUUGCUGAUGUCGCUGGCCUCACAACGUAUGCUUUUGGGGUAGAGGAUGUUGAUCGCCAUGUGAUGGUGUUUAAAAAGGAAUAUGUACUGACUGAAGAUGAAUUGGAAGCUUACAAGAAUGGCGAAGAGUGGGACCCAGAGAAAGCAAAGGAGGCUGCCAUGCUUAAAGAGCAGCAGCGCAAGGAAGAUGAAGUCAGAGCAAAACAGCUGAAGAAAGACCCCUGCUCAAGCAAGUUCACGGAGAAGUAUGAACGUCUGGUUGGCAAGGAAACAGGGAAGGAUUCUGCAAGAAUUUUGGAAGUCAAUAAACAGUUUGGUUUUGUGCGAAGUGAGUUGAAGAAAGACAAAAGGACAAUAGAGGAAGCUCUUGCAGACAUCCAUGCCAAGAAGCAGAAGCGAGACCACGGAGAUGAAGAGCCACACCAGGGGCACAGUGAGGAGGAGGAGGGCAACGACCCGUAACGAAGUUCUUUCUUAGUUGUGUUGCGUCACCCUCUGUUUUUCACCCAUGGGGUUGUUUCAGAUGUACAUUUCACCAUUUGACAUUUUUUUCCGAUUCACCUUCAAAUAAAUUCUUUGCUUGGAUUAAGUUAGAAACUUAUUAUCAUAUUUAUGUACCAUAUCCCCCAGUUGGUUUGAUAUUUUAAAGUGAUUUUGUGGAUAGUUACCAUUUUGUCUCACUUUACAGUUUGAAGUUUUAGGAAGUAAUUGUACAAGUCACCGUUUGCUUACAGGUUACCAAUUCCUCUUAAUUAUUUUUCCUUCUCCGAGUCUACAAAAUACUUACGACUUUUUUUUUCAAAAUGAUAAUAAUAAUGAUAACGGGUAACGUAGGUUUUAUUAGAAAUGAUGAUACUCAAGAGCAUCCACUUUGCAUGAUUUCAAGGUCUCACUCAUAUGACAUGAUCAUUAAUGCUAAGUUGUCUAUUUCACUUUGCACCAUUCAACAUCAUUUAGAAAUCCAGGUGGUGUGAAGAUAGAUAUAUUUAUUUACCUCACAGUUCAAACACAAAAGGUUGUAGUAGGCAUUGUAAUAUUGUGCAGUUAUUGACACAUUACUGGUUAUAUUGGAGAAUAAGAACUACCUUACCUUUCAGUAUGUUUUGGUUUUUAAUACGAUUAAGUCUUGUCAUCAGUACUUAAUUCUGUAGUAGAAAAAAUGGUUUGGCCAUUACUGGCAUGAAAUGAAGAAUUUUUUUGUGUGUGGCAUUUUUAUGAACUGAUCUUGUGAAAGGUUAUGUUAAAGAGAUUAUAGUUGGAUUGUUGAUUUUACUGUAGAAUGUACAGGGAGUACUGUUCACUUACAAAAAAAUGUAUUGAUCAUUGCCCUUCUUCCUAAAUUGUUAAGUUGAAGAAUAUUUUUUGUAGGAAGAACUAAAACAUGUGUUAGUCUGACAAACAAAAAAAAUAUAUAUUGUUGUAAUGAUUGGGAAACCAGUUGAUUUUAAAUAAA